CCGCGCGGGCGGAGCGGCCCCGCCCGGAGCCUGGAAGCAGUGGCGCCGGCGCGGGGGAGGGGAGGCCGGAUGUGAGUGGAGCGGCCAUUUCCUGUUUCUCUGCAGUUUUCUUCAGCUUUGGGUGGUGGCCGCUCCCGGGCUUCGGCUUCCAGUCCGCGGAGGGCGAGGCGGCGUGGACAGCGGCCCCGGCAUCCCUCACCCAGCCGCCAGCAGCCGCGCGCCAGCUCGCUGCGCCCCGAGCCCGCCGCUUCCCGCCUCACUGCCUGGCCGCCGCCGCCGCGGCCCAGCGAGCGGCCCAGAUGCAGGCCAUCAAGUGUGUGGUGGUCGGAGACGGAGCUGUAGGUAAAACUUGCCUACUGAUCAGUUAUACAACCAAUGCAUUUCCUGGAGAAUAUAUCCCUACUGUCUUUGACAAUUAUUCUGCCAAUGUUAUGGUAGAUGGAAAACCGGUGAAUCUGGGCUUAUGGGAUACGGCUGGACAAGAAGAUUAUGACAGAUUACGCCCCCUGUCCUAUCCACAAACAGUUGGAGAAACGUAUGGUAAGGAUAUAACCUCCAGGGGGAAAGACAAGCCGAUUGCCGAUGUAUUCUUAAUUUGCUUUUCCCUUGUGAGUCCUGCAUCAUUUGAAAAUGUCCGAGCAAAGUGGUAUCCUGAAGUGCGACACCAUUGUCCCAACACUCCCAUCAUCCUUGUGGGAACCAAACUUGAUCUUAGGGAUGAUAAAGACACGAUUGAGAAACUAAAGGAGAAGAAGCUGACUCCCAUCACCUAUCCGCAGGGUUUAGCCAUGGCUAAAGAGAUCGGUGCUGUAAAAUACCUGGAGUGCUCGGCUCUCACACAGCGAGGCCUCAAGACAGUGUUUGACGAAGCUAUCCGAGCAGUUCUCUGCCCACCACCUGUCAAGAAGAGGAAGAGAAAAUGCCUGCUGUUGUAAAUGUCCGAGCCCCUAGUUCUUGGUCCUAUCCCUUGGAACCUUUGUACGCUUUGCUCAAAAAACAUUGGAGCCUUUGCACUCAAUGCCAAGUUUUUGUUACAGAUUAAUUUUUCCAUAAAACCAUUUUGAACCAAUCAGUAAUUUUAAAGUUUUGUUUGUUCUAAAUGUAAGAGUUCAGAUUCACAUUCUAUUAAAAUUUAGCCCUAAAAUGACAAGCCUUCUUAAAGCCUUAUUUUUCAAAAGCCCCUGUUCUUGUUCAGAUUAAGAGUUGCCAAAAUACCUUCUGAACUAAGUUGCAUUGUUGUGCUAUGAACACUAAGCACUAAACUGUUUAAAGACCUUUGUCUUUAAGAAGACUGUAGCUUCUGAAGUUAGGAGAUGCAGACACUUUCUAAGUAGUUUUCAGAUAUGUAAAGCAUAUCAGCCUCUUUAAUGAAUCGUUGCCAUUUAAUGCAUCAAUAAUUUAUCUGCCCAUGUUCAUUACAUAACAUUGUACUGUAUAUCAUAAUGGAAUGAGUAUAACAACUCAGCUCUUUGGAUCAGUCUUUUGGAUUUCAUAGUGAAUUUUUUAAAAAAAUUAGUUGAUCAGCUUUUGCUGAGAUUUUGAACAGAACUCUUAUUCAUGUGUUUCCUCUAAUGAAGUAUUCUGCUCUUAGUCAUGGGUGCGCUGGGGUGGAAUGUGUGAAACACUUAAUGUGAUCAAAGGAUGAAGACAGUAUUUUGACAAAAUAUGAAGUGGAGAUUAAUUUACACUACAUUGUACAAGGAAUAAUCAAACUGAAUAAAAGUAUCACGGGUACAAAUUUUAAAAGGUUAAUUUCUUUUAAAUGCAGAUGAUGAAGAAAGGUCGGUAUUAUCAGUAAGUGUUUUCUUAAGCUUUUCCUUUCUCUUACACCUGCCAUCUCUCCCAAAAUUGGGCAUUUAAUUCAUCUUUGAACUGGUCAUUCCCUUAGUUGCUAACUUAGUGUUUUUCUAUAGAACCCCUUUUUAAUGAGCAAUAUGCCUCCUUGUAUUAUAAAAUCUUUCUGAUAAUGCAUUAGUUUUUUUGUAGAUUAGUAAAAGUGCUUUCCUGUUUUCAUGUUACUUUAUUCAGAGCUAAUAAGUGCUUUCCUUAGUUUUCUAGUAACUAGGUGUAAAAAUCAUGUGUUGCAGCUUCACAGUUUUAAAAAUAUUUUAGAUAUUCUUAAACUAUGAACCUUCCUAACGUCACUGUCUCGCCAGAUUACCAACACUGUCACUUGACUGAGACUGCCCCUCUUUACCUCACCCACACGGACACAUGCUUCCUGUCAUUGCUUUGCCUAAUAAUGUUCCUUGGGUCUGUGAGGUUCUGUAAACUGUGCUAGUGCUAACAAUGUUCUGUACAACUUAACUCACUGGCAAGAAUACAACGUUGGACCUUUCAACCACUAGAACAAAAUUUUUUAAAUUGACAGUUGCAGAAUUGUGGAGUGUUUUUACAUUGAUCUUUUGCUAAUGCAAUUAGCAGUAUGUUUUGCAUGUAUGACUUAAUAAAUCCUUGAAUCA